CUGUUCCUUGAGCUUGUUCUAGGGAGACGUGUUGACAUCCAAAACAUUUCCCACAACAGUCGGGAAAGAAAAUGAGUCUUCCAGACUCCAGAUCGCCGGGCAAACAUUCUUCUCCAGGGCUACAGAGUUGUUCUGUAGUGCAGCUGAAUGUGGGUGGUCAUGUGUUCACCACAUCUCUGUCUACGCUGCGUAAACACCCUGACUCCCAGCUGGCCUUCAUGUUCAGUAGUGGUCAGCAACCAAAACUGCCCACCGACGCCAAGGGACGCUACUUCAUCGACCGCGACGGGACGCACUUCGGAGCCAUUCUUCAGUUCCUACGCACCCAGCGCCUGCCCACAGAGAGUGUUCUGGAGGUUUACCAGGAGGCGCUCCACUAUGACGUCAGAACCCUAGUGAAGCAGCUGCAGGACUCAGCCCAGCUGUUCGGAGAAACAGUGGGGAGGCAGCAGUUCAUCUCCAGGGUCCCCAACUAUCUGGAGAACCUGGAGGUGUUGGUGAGAGUGGCCCGAGCAGAAGCCAUCGCUGCCCGUCACUCUGCUGUCAUCGUUUGUGUUCUGAGGACCGAGGAGGACCUGGGUCGCUAUGACCAUGCCGUCAACAACCUGGAGGAACAGGAAGUGGUGCGGUUCGGACCGUGGAAGGCCCCUCCGACUGCCAUUGACCUGUUGGACUGCAUCAAGAUGGAUGUAGAGGCCAGGGGAUACAAAGUGAGAUACGAGCCUCACAGCUCAGACAGAGGCUUUCUGUUCAAGACCAAUGAUGGCUUCCUGUACAAACUCAUCUUCACUUGGUGGUAACAGAAUGACAAGUGUGUGGUGUAGAACAUCUAUCACCUUCUGAUUCUCUACACUUCUUCAGAAGUGUGCUCUCCCCCUCAUGCAUUUAAAACCAUUUGAUUUUUGUUAAUGAGUCUGGAAGGUGUUUUCACCAUAUUUAUUACACCAGUCGUUCCUUUUAAAUCCACGAGGGGGACUGUAUGAGUGCUCACUUCACCCUUCACUUUCCCAGACAGAGACGUGCACAGAGAUCCUAUUAUAUUAGAAUCUAUUUAGAAAUUAAUUGGAUCAUAUUGAAGUUCUAAUGUGUCAUUCUAUGGAGGUAUGUAUUUAUAGAUGUACAUUCCCUUACGUAUUUAUUUGGACAGUGAAGCUAAAACGUUUAAUUGGGAUCUGUACUCCAGCAUUUGGAUUUGAGAUCAAAUGUUUCAUAUGAGACGACAGUACAGACUGUCACCUUUUAUUUUAGGUUAUUUUCAUACAUAUUUACUGUUUUAUUUAUAUAACCCCCCCCCCCCCCCCCAUUUGAAGGUGUGUAACACUGGUUAGCCCUAUCAAUCCUGAGACAACAGCAAAAAUCAGCAUGUCAAACCAAAAACAGGUUUUUCAAAAUGUUUGCUAAUUUAUAAUACAAAAAAAAUACAGAAAUAUCACAUUUACAUAAGUAUUCUGACCCUUUACUCAGUACUUUGUUGAAGCACCUUUGGCAGCAAUUACAGCCUUGAGUCUUCUUGCGUAUGACUCUACAAGCUUGGCACACCUGCAUUUGGGGAGUUUCUCUCAUUCUUCUCUGCAGAUGCUCUGUCAGGUUCGAUGGGGAGCGUUGCUGCACAGCUACUUUUAGGUCUUUCCAGAGAUGUUCAAGUCCAGGCUCUGGCUGGGCCACUCAAGGACAUUCAGAGACUUGUCCCGAAGUCACUCCUGCUUGGUCUUUGCUGUGUGCCUAGGGUCAUUGUCCUGGUGAAUAUUCGCCCCAGUCUGAUGGCCUGAAAACUCUGGAGCAGGUUUUCAUCAAGGAUCUCUCUGUACUUUGCUUCAUUCAUCGUUGCCUCAAUCCUGACUAGUCUCCCUGACGCUGUAAAAACUCUCUAUAGUAUGAUGCUGUCACCACCAUGCUUCACCCUAGGGAUGGUGCCAGUUUCCUCCAGAUGUGAUGCUUGACAUUUAGGCCAAAGAGUUCAAUCUUGGUUUCAUCAGUCCAGAGAAUCUUGUUUCUCAUGGUCUGAGAGUCUUUAGGUGCCUAUUGGCAGACUCCAAGCAGGCUGUCAUGUCUUUAACUGAGUGGCUUCCGUCGGGCCACUCUACCAUAAAGGCCUGAUUGGUGGAGUGCUGCAGAGAUGGUUGUCCUUCUGGAAGGUUCUCCCGUCUCCACAGAGGAACUCUGGAGCUCUGUCGGGGUCACCUCUCUGACCAAGGCCUUGGUCCCCCGAUUGCUUAAUUUGGCUGGGCGGCCAGCUCUAGGAAGAGUCUUGGUAGUUCCAAACUUCUUCCAUUUAAAAAUGAUGGAGGCCACUGUGUUCUUGGGGACCUUCAAUGUUGCAGACAUUUUUUGGUAACCUUUCCCAGAUCUGUGCCAUGACACAAUCAUGUCUUGGGGCUCUACGGAAAAUUCCUUCGACCUCAAGGCAUGGUUUUUGCUCUGACAUGCACUGUCAACUGUGACCUUAUAUAGAUCGGUAUGUGUCUUUCCAAAUCAUGUCCAAUCAAUUGAAUUUACCACAGGUGGACUCCAAUCAAGUUGUAUAAACAUCUCAAGGAUGACCAAUGGAAACAGGAUGCACCAAUUUCAAGUUUCAUAGCAAAGGGUCUGAAUACUUAUGUAAAUACUUUUUAAAAAUAUUUUGUACAUUUGCAAAACAUUUCUCAACCUGUUUUUCGCUUUGUCAUUAUUGGGUAUUGUGUGUUGCGGAGGAUAAUUUUUCUUAAAUCCAUUUUAGUCUGUAACAGAAAAAGUAAAGGGAUCUGAAUACUUUCCGAAUGCACUCUAUUUACCCUCACAAUGAAGUGUUUUACAAUUAUUAUUUUGGGGGGGACCACCAAGGUUACAAGUAGGACACAACAAAAUUUGACAUCAACAGUUGCUUUCAUGAGUUUAUUGACAAAUGUCAAUUAAAGUAUCAACCUGAUACAUUUAAUUGAUAUGAAUGCUGUAAGUACUGAGAUUGUUUGAUUAGUCGUGGUGUCAACUCUGGAGUUUGCGACAUCAACUAUCUGAGCUUAUUACAGUAUUAUAGACAUUGUGUCCGGGGUUUCCUAUGAUCUUCUAUGUAGAAUGAUCCCUUACCUUCUAACCAGUGGUGUAAAAUACUUAAGCACUACUUAAAUAGUUUUUAGGGGUAUCUGUACUUUACUAUUUAUAUUUUGGACAACUUUUGCUUUACUACAUUCCUAAAGAAAAUGAUGUACUUUUUACUUCAUACAUUUUCCCUGACACCCAAAUGUACUCGUUACAUUUUGAAUGCUUAGCAGGACAGAAAUUGCCUAAUUCACACACUUAUCAAAAGAACAUCCCUACUGACCCUGAUCUGUCAUUCUCACUAAACGCAUGCUUCGUUUGUAAAUGAUGUCUGAGUGUUGGAGCAUGCCCCUCGCUAUCUAUAAAAUAAAAUGAUGCCAUCUGGUUUGCUUUAUGUAAUGAAUUUGAAAUUAUUGAUACUUAAGUAUAUUUAAAACCAAAUACUUUUACUCAACUAGUAUUUUACUGGGUGACUUUUACUUAAGUCAUUUUCUAUUAAGGUAUUUUUACUUUUACUCAAGUAUGACAAUUGGGUUAUUUUUCCACCACUGCUUCUAACGACUCUUAUGUAGGUUGUGAGAGUCAUAGAGCAAGACGAUGGUUGUUGCUCUAACCAUCCGGACUCUUGUCUCAAACACAGCUGUAGCUCAGCCAUUCAUGACAUCAGUGGAAUGGAACUUUGCCGAAAUAGGCCAGGAUUCAAUCCGAUCACCCCUUUUCGUCUAUGCACCAUUUUAAAGGCAAUGUUACCCUUGUUGCAAAGAUAACAUUCAAAGUAAACGCUGCAGAUAUUUGCUCAAUCCUUUAAUGUCAAAUGCGCUACAAUGCGGCUGAAUGCUGGCCUUAGCCAUUGUUGAGCUGGAACUUGUAUUUUUGCUAUCACAGUACCUAACUCCUGACACCAUACACACAACAGGAUGUGUAUCAUGAUGAGUAACCUUGCUUGGGACCUUGUGGUAGACUGUUUUUAGAGAGACCUGGGUUAAAUCUAGUAUGUCCUCAGAUGGGUCUAGAAGUGUCACAGAGGCUGUUUGGUCAUUUGGUGAACCACACUGGCAUGUUGAUUUUACCUUGUGUGAGACCAGAAGACUUGCGUUAGCUCCCCCGAGAUAAAAACAGAUUACACCUUGGAAUUGUUUUGUGGUUGUGCCCUGCUCAAUGGCAUAACAGCAGGAGAUGGCAUCUAGGAUAAAAUACCAACAGCUCUCCAUUUGCCGGUUCACAUCCACCAGAUUUUUCCAUUUAGUACAAGGAUUCAAACCAGCAACCCUCCGGUUGUUGGCCCGACCCUCUAACCUCUAGGCUACAUGCAGCACCAUAGUUCAGCAAAGUAACAAGUGACACAUUGGAACCUAGUCGAUAACAACAAAAACUCUGGCUCAUAAGUGCCAGAUUUCUCCUGUUAGCCCUGGGAUUCAAACCAGCAACCUCCCAGUUACAGGCUUGCCACUUUAACCUCUAAGUGUCAAAAAAGGUUUAUAAACACAAAAGCAUGGUUUACAGAACCACCUUCGUUACACUCCACCACCUAUUUCACCUCAUAGAUACCUAUCCAUGUCACAGCACCAAUGGGAUAGCACGAGUGUCUAACCUAGGUCUCCUGUAGGCCACAAGACUGCGUUACCCUGCUAAACUUAAGUGUAGGCAUUAGCUCAGGGAGCUUACACAAAUAUUUAGGUCUCAGACAAGUUUAAUUACACCUACAUCACUUUUCCGGUUCUGUCCCCUACUGCCUUGGUGGCCAUGAAUAAAGGCACUUUGCCCUUAAUCUGCUGCAAGGACAAGGCUGGCCCUGUUCUGUGUUUGGUGUGUCAUAGGGUUGGAUACGGUGACAACACAAACAUGUUACCAUUAUACAAUAUACUUUUGUUUUGAAAUUAAAAUGUUGCUUGAGUAUGUGAAAUUUUGUCACGUGCCUGUCUCCUGUAUGUGUGUUUUGGCAACACCAAAGGGGGUAUACAAAAUGCAUUCUUAAUGCCCUGAUCACACCUACAGCCUUCACACCGCAGCAUCAUCUGGAUAUGUGUGCAACAAAAGUUCAACAUUCACCGACUACCAUUUCUGUCUACGCAUACAGUUUGACCACACUGCAACGCAACUCUGAAAGGCAAUGCAGUGUUCCAUUGGAUAUUUAAUGUACUUCUGGUGUACCAAAAUGCAAUGGUCGGUGUGAUUGAGGCGUAACACCUUUAUGCAGGGGUGGCUUGGCCAUCUGGUAAUUCUGGCAAAUGGACAAUUUUUGCACUUACCUGAUCAAGAUGGUCCGGUUUUCUUAAUGGCUGAGCUGAGGUCUCUCAAAAAUGUCAAACAUGUAUCAGCAUAGAGACCCACUCUGACUCUGUCAUCAGUCAGCCCAGAUCUUGGAUUGUAAAAAACUGAAAGAUGGUGCCAAAAAAGUUAGAACUCAUAAAUAGGCUAUUGAGGUAUACGCUGCUAAUUAACCGACUUAAUUUCUAAAAGUUCUGGUUCUGCUGGUGUGAAUGUUUUCUCAGCUGCUGCUGAGAAAAUGGAGAACGACACACACACUGACAGAUUUCACUUACUGCUGCCAUUUACAGUUUGCCUGUAUAUCAUAUGAAAUAGUAUGCUAAUUAUCAAAUACAAGUCAUGUAUUACAAUGAAACACUGAAUUAAUGCAUAAUAAUUGCUAAAUAAUAUUUUAAAGGUCAAUUCGGAGACUGUAUUUUAAUAGUUUUAUCUGUUUAUUCGUGUCUGAAUUUGUCUUUUCAGCCAGCCAGUGGGUCUUAGUUUAUGAUCUGGGAGAGGGAGAGACUGCCAGAUCCUUAAUGUAGCCAUUGAAUGUAUUAUACAGCCAAAACACUAAGGAACUGUUACUCUCCCUCUCUAGACGUAAAGGCUCCUGCCUUCAUAAAAUCAUUCAUAACCCCUUCAUGAAUAUUGCAGUAUCAUUCAUAAUAACCUUCAUACCACAUUAAUACCUGAUGAAGAUCCUUUCAGGAUCAAAGCGUUGUUUGUUUGUGAAUAAAGGUACCUCGUGGA